AAUAGCCAAGUUUUAGUCAAGAAUGCUACACUACUUUCUGGACUGGUAAGAAAAUUCACCGGCCUUGUUCACACCUAUGUUCCAUCCUUAUAUAAAUCAAGCCAAUAAACAUACCCAGAACAGAGACACACACUGACUGAUUAACACAGAAUUUAUACACCCAGAUCGAGAUAAUGGCAGAAGUGAAGGUUCUUGGCAGUUGGGCAAGCCCUUAUAGCGCAAGUGUUGAGAUUGCUCUCAAACUGAAGGGAGUUGAAUAUGAAUUCAUACAAGAAGAUCUAUCCAACAAGAGCCCCUUGCUUCUCAAAUACAACCCUGUCCACAAGAAAGUUCCUGUCCUCCUGCACAACGGAAACCUACUACCUGAGUCUCUUGUCAUCCUCGAGUAUAUCGACGAGGUCUUUCCGGGCACUCCCAUAUUGCCUAAAGAUCCUUACCAGAGAGCCUUGGCUCGUUUCUGGGCUAAGUUCUUCGACGACAAGUUCUCGCCUGCAGCGAGGAAAGUACGAUAUACCAAAGGCGAGGAGCAAGAGAAGGCAAAAGAGGAAGUUCGUGAGCUUCUUAAAGUUGUGGAUAAUGAAUUGAAGAAGAAGAAGUUCUUGGGAGGGGAGACGAUCGGACUUGCAGAUAUAGCCGGCAAUUUCGUUGCUUUAUGGGUUGGAGUGUUGGCAGAAGUUUUAGGGGUGGAACUGGGGAUGACGGAACAAAAAUUCCCUAAUUUAUGUCGGUGGAUGGAGGAUUUUCUCAACUGCAACGUAAUCAAGGAGACCUUUCCUCCCAGAGAUAAACUUGUUGCGCACUACAAUAAGAGAUUCAAGUCAGCAGCUGCAAGUGCUUCAGAGUAAAGCUUCUUCUUUUUUUUUUUUUUAAUUGAAAAGUUUGUAUAAGAGAAGACUAGUACUAUUCUAGUUUUAUUUCAGCUAUAAUAAAGUUAUGUCUCUUAUGUCUAUGUCUCAUUUCUGUUGUAACACUAGUUUGGCAUCAUCAACUUUUGUCAAAUUUGAAAGCUUUCAAA